AUGAGAUCAGAACUCAAGAGUUUCACCAUAAUCGCAGUGUUUAUUUUGCUGUCCAUGAGUUUCGAACAUAAUAGAGCUUGUAGACUUUUGAAUGGAGAGUUUGAAGAAACAUGGUUGAAGACUGGAAACCUUAUGUUAUCAUCUCUACAAAAAGGCCUUGUUCGGCCGCCAGGGAACGGAUGUUGUAACACAGGUGGCUGCGGUAACCCUUGUGUCGGCUCCAGGAAGGUUGUUGGCCGUCUUCAUAGUGGUGGUGCUCCACCACCACCAUCACUGACUCCUAUUCCAACUUCUACUGAUCAAUGA